AUGAGCAAUCCGGAGGGCUCGAACGCCCGUUUUACCUCACAGGCUGCGACGGCCGAGGAUUUACUCAAGGAGCAGACAGUCGGACUCGUAAAUCUCAGCGAUUUCCGCAAAAGGCGAGCCGAAGCUCUCGAGCUCAAGGAGAGAGAGGGCAGCACAGGAGAUUCGGGCGCCGGAACGCCUCGCGACGGUGCCUCUACUCCCCAGCCUCUGAUCAAGAAAAAGAAGAAGCGAAAAAUCGCCGCGAAAGGAAAGCUCUCGUUCGGAGACGACGAAGACGACGUCGAUGGAGGAGGGGACUCUGCUGCUGUAUCGACAGCCAAUGCCAGUUCCCGCGGAACGACACCUGCAGACUCGUCCGCGGUGAACUCUGAGAGCGAGGUCAGGAUCCCGAGAAAGAAGCUGAACGCCAAUGCGAACGUGGGAAUGAAACCGCGCGUAAUGACCAAGGCUGCACUCGCCCGUGAAGCGGAGCAAGCAGAGACUGCACGGAAGGAAUUCAUAGCGAUGCGGAAGGUCGUGAAGGCGACUGAGAUAGUCAUACCCUUUGUGUUUUACGACGGUACCAAUGUCCCUGGCGGUCGUUGCCGGGUCAAGAAAGGCGAUCACAUCUGGCUUUUCCUUGAUAAGGCGAGGAAAGUCGGUGCUGAGCUAGGCGUUGGUGGUGACAAGAGCAGACGGGAUUGGGCAAGGGUCAGUGUUGAUGAUUUGAUGCUUGUAAGAGAUCAAGUCAUUUUACCUCAUCAUUAUGAGUUUUAUCAUUUCUUGUUCAACAAGGUCGUGGGGUUCAAUGGCCCGAUCUUCAGUUACUCGGCAGAGCCAACAAAAGCCUCUCCAGAUGCAGCUGAAUUGGAAGCCUCGGAAGCGCCCGACUUUAAUCCGCUUGAUCGGCGGGAUAAGACCAGGGACAAGGCGGCUCAAAUUCCGGAUGUCGAUCUCGAAGGCCACGACGACGAUCCGACGGUGACCAAAGUGGUCGAUCGAAGGUGGUACGAGAGAAACAAACAUAUUUAUCCGGCAAGCGUUUGGACGGAGUACAACCCCGAACAAGACCUGUCCAAGACGCAGCGUAAAGACACUGAAGGAAAUGCAUUCUUCUUCUCGUGA